ACAUCUUCUUCAUGACAGCAAGAAGUUUUGUCUUGUGUGCCAUGAUCCUGCCCCUGCAGCUGGAGCCCUUAAGGAAGUACUAGGUGCAGCCCCUGCGACAUCUGACCGACCGGUCAACAUGAGUGCAGCGGACACAGGUAUUCCAGGAUCAUCCGGGGAGCAGUCAGUAUCCGUUCCACAGCAUGGACUUCCACAUGGUGAUGGUCACAUUAUUCCGAUUGCACAGCCUGGACUUCCACAUAGUGUUGGUCAGAGUCAUCCGAUUGCACAUGGGAUGACUCUGGGACCAAUGAAUAGUGAGGCAUUCAAGACUGCAUUAGCAAAUGGAUUUCUGGCUGGGCUGAAUAAUUCAGUAUACGUAUUUGCUGGUGUGGGAGUCUUUGCCCUCGUAAUUAUUAUAAUUGGAGGAUGGGCGCUUAGGAAGAACAUCCGAAAAUCCAAACUUCCUGAUGAGGAGCAACCAAACAUCAGCCCCGUCAUCAGGAAAGCUUCUCUGAAAAAGGAGAAGAAGAUAAAAAAGAAAGGAAAGAAGGAGAAAAGGGAGGUGGAACAGAAGGGUGAAGAUGAGGAGGAAAUGAAGUUUGAGAAGGAGGUGAAGGUGCAGAAGACGGAUGAAAAAUCAGGGGAAGCUCAAAUUGAAACCAAAGAGAAAGCAGUACAGACAGACGGCACACAAGAAGUAAAAUGGAAACUUUUGGAGUUUUGGAUCAAUAAAGACCUAGAAGUACAGAGACGGCGAGAGGAAGAACUAAGGGAGGAGGAAGAGUUCUUUAGCUAAAGAUACCAGAGCUACGUGUACCAGCCAGGGCUCUGCCUCUUCUGCCACUCCUGUGUGCCAAUAUGUCCCGCCCCUGAGAAACCAUCUUGUAUUGUCAUCCUUCUUAUCUCUACCUCUUAUUGGGAAUUCUCCAUGGUUACUAAUUAAUAAAAUUAGACCAAGUAAA